CUCGAAUUGUCACGUGGCAUCACAGAGCUUGCGCUCUCUCAGAAAUCGGGAAAGCGUAUCCUCCAGGACCUCCUCCUCCAACUGUACGCUCGCUACACCUGGGCCUUUCCUUCUGUCAUUCCGCUAUCUGAGGCGGUAGACAACCUCUGGAGUCCGACAAUGUCUAGAAAUGUAGGACGUAUAUUCGCUGCUCCGCGGAAGAUUUCGACACCGUGUCGACCGGCUGCAGGGUCGAGAUCAAGGCCACAAUGGAGGUCACUGUCGGCGGCGGCGCAGGCGCAACAAUCCCCCCCACCUUCCUCCGCGCCAGCUCACCCUUCAGAGUUCCGAGCUGCGUCGUCAAAUAGCGCAUCGGCCCGACGGCAGGCUGCAGCAGUCAGCCCCGAGGAACAUCUGAACACACUCUUCGCACCUCUGAAGUUCCCAAGAGAGCUUGCCGACCGGAUGCUUACGCAUUCGAGUCACCCGGACGCGAGGAUCAGGCACAAUGCGCGACUAACCUUCAUGGGGAGACGGGUCAUGCAGUUUUAUCUGUACGCUCUGCUGGAUUCGUCGCCGUCUCUUCGACAGGACCACGAUUUUGAGCACAUGGUGGAGCGUGCGCUGAACACCUACAUUUUGGGGGAACAUGUUGGAGCUGCCUGGUCGUUGGGCAAGGCACUGAAGUGGUCUCCUCCCAGCAACUCAAUGGACACGAGCGAAGCCUCUGUGAGAAGCGUAGGACUGCACAAGGUGCUGGGCGGUGCCGUGGAGGCGAUCGUCGGUGGCGUAAACCAUCAAUUCGGAGGUGUGGCUGCCCAGCGACUGUUCCACACUCGUGUGCUUCCCCAUUUGCUCUUGCGCGGGACGUCACAUGGCUUGAACGACGCCUUCCAUGAACAUGCUAUCACGAUCUGCGAGCGGUUCGGCGGACUGAACGCCGAUCUGACUGGCUUCGGGGCGAAGGGUGCGCAAUAAGUACAGUACGUAGUGCUAUCUAAUGUCGUCGGUAUGCUCUGGGUGUUUCUCGGAUUGCAUGUCAGACUUACGGCCGCUGGAAAAGUAUGUGCGCCCGCUGCGGGUAUUCACUCAG